AUGAGUCUGACUACAGUCGUGUCCGGCGUGGCCGGCGUGGCCGCCAUAGCCACAACCUUCAGCAUCAUUAUCGUGGGCUAUCUUAUCAACGACAUCAACAACUUCUAUGAUGAUGCUAUUGAAGAGCUCACCGAUUUCAAGGAUAUGGCCAACUCGGCGUGGCACGAAAUGAGACCAGCUCCACAAGAUGCGUUCCGUCAUGCACGCUCAAUUGCUCGUCAACGUCGUCAGUUCCCCGAGCACUGCAACUGCGGCCCGCAAGCAGCCAACUGUCCCAUUGGCCCACCUGGACCCCCUGGACCUCCAGGAUUGCCCGGAGAGCCUGGACUUCCAGGACAGCCAGGAAAGAAAGGCUACGACGGCAUUGCCAUCUCUGGAGGAGGUGGAGCAGGAGGCUGUGUCAAGUGCCCGGUUGGACCACCAGGACCGCCUGGUCCAGAAGGACCUCCUGGACCUCCAGGACCAAAUGGAAUGCCAGGCUCAGGAGUCUCUGCUCCAGGGGUUGGAAUGCCUGGACCACCAGGACCACCAGGAGACGCAGGAGCACCAGGAGCACCAGGACAAGCCGGUCCACCAGGAAUGCCAGGAGCAGACGGAAAGAAGGGAGCAGGACUGCCAGGACCUCCUGGUCCCCCAGGACCAAUGGGACCACCUGGACCCGCUGGUGCAGACGGAGACACUGGAGGUGCAGCCGCACAAGGUCCACCAGGACCUCCAGGACCCCCAGGAAAGCCUGGAGCACCUGGUCCAGACGGUCCACCUGGAAACGCUGGAGCUGAAGGACAACCUGGCAGUGAUGCCGCUUAUUGUCCAUGCCCUGCUAGAAGUACGGUGUUGGCGAUGAGAAAGAAUGCGGCAGUAGAAUCAUACUCAGCUACUGGUACUGCCGCCGGACACAACGGACACAAGGAAAGCAAGCACAGCGCCAAGGUUAAGCGAGUCUGA